UCCGACUGUCAACAACGGAAAAAUCGCGCGCCCGCUCUUUCGCUUUUCGGCCAAUUUUUCGGGGGAAAGCUUAGGCUGGUUCUUUCUCUUCCUAGUGUGGUUGGUGGUGAUAGUGUUUGUUGGUUAGAAAAUCGCAACCUGGGAAGACUGAAAGGAGGAGGGAAAGGAGAGUUCGGAGAUUUUGACAAACGUCUCGUCGUCGUAUUCGGACUUUAGGCAGAUCGUGACACCGAUGGGGGCUGAUGGUGUGUGGUAACCAGCACUGGGUCUCGGUGGCGGUGGUGGGAGCGAAGUGAGUGAGUGAAACAGAACAAUCCCUGUUGUGAUUGAAUCCGUUGUUGUUGUUGUUGUUGUUGUUGUUGGGCCACACGGACCAUAGAGAGGCCUCCACUCGACGGGAGUGGGGAAGGGGAUCAGUGUGAGAAAGUGCAAACCCCCUUUUGGGGCCUGAUGCAGCAGAGAGGGAGGGAGCGAGAGAGAGAGACAAUCUGGCGUUGGACUGCUGUAAAGUAGAAGUUGUUAAUAUAUAACAAGUUGCAUCAUAGUCUUAAGACUUCAGUCUUAAGAAAGUGAACCGCCAAUAAACAUCUUUCGCAAAAAAAAACAUCGCGGCGCAAGCUCUCCAAAAUUCCGCGCACUGUUGGUGAAUUUCUGUUUUUUUUUCGGGAUUUUGAAAUCGACGAGUUCGUUGAGCUAUUCGUGCGUGAUUCAAGGACCUUCCGGUGCACGGCGGAACCAGCAGCAAAAAGGAGAAGCAAUAUCAGCUGUUGUGCAUUCUCGGGACAAGGAUUACAAUGGAUUAUUUCUACUUUUGGAUUUACAACAAGAAAACAUGAAAAUGGAUAUUUAUGGGAAAGUGAUGAUGGACUAAUAACUCAAAACCUGGACCAAGAAGGACUAGAUAGUGAAUAGUGCAAUCAAAGGAGAAAACACAGUUGUGCAAUUUAGAAGUUCCCAGAAGUUUGUGUGCAAUCACAGAAGUUUGUAGAAUUUUUAAAGGCCAUCUUGAAGUAGUGUGUUUGUGCGAGUGAAGAUCGAUAGGAAAAAUAUGGAAUCGCCGCAAAUGUACGAUACGAAUCAAAUUCAAGUGCGCAGUGAUAUUAAAAAAUUAACAAUGGCAGCAAACAACAACAAUACCAAUAAUAAUAAUGCGUCUACGCCAAAUAACAAUAACAACAAUUCCCCGACUGCGGUCAAUCAGAACACGUUGGCCCUCAAGCAGCAACAGCAGCAGGCAGUACAGCUUAAUCAACACGCACAGACCAAUGGUAAUGUGCUGAACAACGGAAAUCUCCUAUCGAAGCAAAUGCUGCAACAAAUCCAGUACUCGCAGAGUGAGCUGGAUGAGCUUACAUCUCAGGAAAUCUCCCUGGACCUCCAGCAUCUGAUCGAUGAUCAGUUCCGUGAUCCGGAGGCGCUCGGUAUCUUCACCGAGAUGGUCACUGUUGGCAGUACCAACGGUGGCGUUACCAACCCAUUGGUCCAGACAGCGGCAGCUAAAGCACUCCAGCUACAGCAGGCCCGCCUGUCCCAGCAUACCAAUGGAACCAAUAACUAUCAACGAUCUCUGGCCUACAUGCCACAGCCAGUGCACACAGGCGCUACCUACGCGAACAACUCCAGCGACGAGAACAGCAGUGUCGGAUCUUCGGAUUCGGCAAACAUCAAAGAAGAACCUGUGGAUCCCAAUGAGUACCGUCGUCAGCUGCAGAACAGUGGAGCCCAGUUCAUGGGCAAUGCGACCUAUCAGCUCACCGGAGGAGGUGCGGGAGGCGGUGGUGUUGGAGCUACCAAUUACGUUACCAAUGGCAAUGGGAACACCUUUUCGAACCUAACUCCGGCCACCGUACUUCAUCACCAGGCCCUGCCACAUCUAGCCGGGGCAGCCCACCUGGCAAACCUUACCAAACACAACAAAAUGCUACCACACGUUUCCAGGAAGAACCAACAGAAGUCGGUGGACAAAGGCACCGACGAGUACCGAAGACGACGUGAACGGAACAACAUCGCGGUCCGGAAGUCGCGGGAAAAGGCCAAGGUGCGGUCACGCGAAGUCGAGGAGAAGGUUAAGGCGCUCCUCAAGGAGAAGGAUGUGCUCCUGCGGAAGAUCGAGGAGAAGAACAACGAAAUUCAGCUCUACAAGCAGCUCUACAUGCAUCUGAUGAACCACAGCAAUCCGGAGAUCAACCAGAUCUGCCGCAGUGCGCUGAAUCUGUCGAACAUGGGUGAUCAUAUGUAGGAUUAGUGACCCGUACCUAUACCAACCCAUAUACGACCCUCUCUCACUACCUUCUUUCCUGUCUCCCCGUCUCCUUUUUUCUCCACACGAAAUGGUCUGUCUAGCUUGUAGUAAAUUAAACCGCGAGGAAUGCAUUAUUUAGUGAAAUUUAGUACCAAUAUGUACAUAGAGGCGAACUUGUUGCAGCAAACGUUGUGUGAGCAAUGAUGAUGCUUUGGAACCGGACUCGAAACGCGGAUAAAGUUUCGCAAAAUUGAUCCUUUUUUGAUUGAACGUUGAACCAAAGACAGUAUGUGUAAAAUGUGUUAUAUUCCAAAUGGAAACGGAAUGCGCGAGGCAAAGCUGUGUGCAGAACCUUCCGGAACGAUGGAUUACCUGUAAAUAGACUUAACUCUUUUUUUUUGUUUGUUUUAACGCCGUCAGUGGAAAACGCGCGCUAGAAAAUUUGUGUUUUUCCAUUCAAGAAAACAUAAAAACGGGACAGCUUUGAUAAGACUUAUUUUUUUAUUUCUAUUAUUACAAAUUUUUUAGAUCAUAUUUUAUUCGUUUGUGAAUGUUGAAUAAAUGUUUAAAUAACGGCUUGGAAACAAAGUGUUAUGUUUGGUCAACAGAAAGAAAUAUUAUUUUUUUCUAGUUUCGUUGUUCUCUUCUUCCGUAAUCGUGUAAUUUUUAUUUUGUGAAUAGAACGAAACAAAAAAAAAUGGUCAGUCGUUGUGAACCACAAGCCCUUUCCCACAUAGAAUUAAUUGUAUAAUUUGAAAAACAAAAAAAAAAUGCCUUUUCUCCGAAUACUUAUCCCAAUCACAUGAUUCUUUGAAACGAAGUUACCAAUCUCAGCCCGUUUGAGCACUAAAUCAUGUACAUACCGAACCGUGUAAAAAAAUCUUAUCCCUUCAACUAGUAUCGAACAUCAAAAAAGACAAUGUUUAUAGACUAAUAAAAUCAAGCACUGUAUAAAUUAAUUUCUAGCAAAAGAAAAAAAAAACACGGAUAUCGCUGCAAUAAUAGUUUUAAUAUCUGGAGCAAAGCAGUGCGGUACAGAAGUGUGGCAGAAGUUCCGUUUUCCGCACAACUAACUGGAAGUUGAACUAGGCUAGUUUUUGCAUAGAGAAAGUGAUAUAGAAAUCUAGUUAAAAAAAAGGGGUGCGCAAGUGCGGCAUUGCAAUGAAAGAAUAGAAUAGAAGAAAAAAACCGAAAGUAAACUGAACCAGGCCCAUUCUUACAAGACUCGAAGUGCGUUAGAACUAAGAAAGUGACAAUCGAAACGCAAAGUGUAAGCUAUAUUUUCUUAUACAUAUUAAUAACAGCGGAAUGUAAAUGAUAGCUCUAUUUAAAUCUGUAGCAACAAUCACACAGCGGGGGGGGGGGGAAAUUGAAUAAGCUGAAGAGAGAAGAAGCAGAAACAAGCAAUCUGAAAACCUGAGAAGGAUUUGUUACCACUUAGGCUUACUGUAUCAUGUAACAAUAGGGGAUAAGCUAACGAAAACAUGUAUUCGUUUUUUGGAUGCUCCAAUACUAUUUUUUCUACAACUAAAAAAAAAGCAGGGACGCGAUUCAGACUUAAAACUAAGGGAAGACUUUGAACAUGCGAUUAUUGAGACCACUGUUUCAAAUUAGAAAAACAAAAACACACAAACCUAUAUAAGAACUGUAUCUUUCUCAGCUUGAAAAGUCUGUUUUGAAACUAAGAUGUGAAAUAAAG